AUGGCAUGUCGUAUUGAUCGCGCUGGGGAAUCGGAUGCUGAUCUGUAUGAUGGUAUUGAUGACCGAGAUCAGGAACUAGCUAACCUGAGGCAGGAGGUUCAACGGCUCCAGCUGGAAGUGAACGUUGCGCGCUUCAACAAUGACGAAGCCGCGAUGAAGAAAGAGGCAGACGAGUGGCGGGCCAGGUUCCAGGAGGAGUACAACAAAGUCCAGCAUAUUCUUCGCCUGAACCUCAAGCAGGGAGAGAGUAUCCAUGAUAUGGAGCUGGCCAAUGAUCAUCUCCGCCGGCAGCUGGAAGACCAAGAGGAGCAGCUAGAAUGCUUCAAGGCCCGCUUGAAUACCGCGGCUGCUGCGAACUUCGAGCAGUGCCAGCUCACGACGGAGAGCACGCAGCUGCGGGAGGACUUGGUAGCUAAGGGUAAGGAGAUCAUGGGCCUCAAGACCCGUGUUUCUCAUAUGGCGAACAAGAUUAUUGCGGCGGAGAAGAAGGGCAGAGCUGCUGAAGCGCUUCAAGUCAAUGUGAACAGACUGCAAGCGGAAAAGAACGAGCUUGAAGAAGUUAUCAAGGUGAAGAUUCCGGGCCUCGAGCAGACUAACCGACAGCUGCAGGCCGAGCUCGGCACACAUCAUUCUGCUUCAUCAAUCCUCUCUAAAGGCUCCGGUAAGCUCGCAGAGCUUGCGAACGCGCGAGUCGUCGAAGCAGAAGCGGAGAUAACGGAUCUCAAGGAAAGGCUGAAGAUCGCGGAGGCAGAAGCGGUCGCGAGGGUGGCAUCGCAAGACUAUUCCGAAGCUCUGGAGUCCCAGAAUAAGCUUCUGCAUAGCAAAAUCGCGGCUGCGGUGCGCGAGUUCAAAGCCAAGGACGCUCUCAUCAAACACUGGGAGCAUGAAGCUAAGCAGCGGGAACAGCAGGUUGCCGAGAUAGAGAUCUGGAGGGGCGAGCAGGAGAUGGUGAACGGGGUUGAGGAACGAUCGGUGGAGCAUCCACCUAUCAUCCCUACCCCGGCCGAACGCGAACCUCGCGAGCUCUUCGUCGCACCGGGAAUAGCAACCUCACCCAUCGAGCCCAUCGCCGUGCCGCAGAAGCUCGGAUUCGCCUUCGCAGCACAAGGUCUAGAGCCCAUCCCUAUCGAGCCGUCCGUCACCAGCACCGCAGUCCAGACUUCUCCUCUGCACGAGGACAUCAACAUCACAAUCAACAUCGACCCCGGGGACCGCAAGAAUUGGAUGCUCCUCCAGCGCAUGCAAGCCGCCCUCUCCAAGGAAUCCGACCUGCAGAUCUUCGGCCCUCCGCAGCUUGUCCGCGAGCUGACCCGGAAGAUGGAGGAACUGCAGAUGGACCACGCAGCCAAGGCAGCCAAAGUAGAAGAGCUGCGCAAGGCCCUCGUUUCCCAGGCUAAGGAGAUUGGCCGCCUGGAGAAGAAUCACUGCACUGUUGCCACGCAUCGCAACCUUGCUGAUGAACUCAUCGCUAAGGACGCCCAGAUUGCGAUGCAGGGUUCGCUUCUAGGGUCGUAUGGGCAGAGUUUGGCGCGGUUGAGGAGGGCGCAGAAGGAUCUUGGAGUAAUUGGAGCAUGA